AUUUGUGUUUUUGUUUUCCUUUCUAUCCUCUACGUUAGCAUAAAUUCGCCGCAAUGGCGGAGGGAGUACCUGCUGGUAUUAUUGAAGCCGACGUAAACAUAACUGGAAACCAAACACAAAUCGCCAUGGCGUAUCUACAGGACGAGAAAACUGAUGGAGACAUCACUAACCUUAACUUGGGAGAACUGGACCUGACCACUGAUGAGUUCAUCUUGGACGAAGUGGACACUCAUAUUCAGGCAAACUUGGAAGAUGAUCUUGUGAAAGAAGCUCUUAAAACGGGUGUUGACCUACGUCAGUACUCUAAGCAGGUGGAGGCGGAGCUGCAGAGGAUCGAACAGGCAUCCAUCAAAGAUUACAUUAAGGAAAGUCAAAACAUUGCUCUUCUGCACAACCAGAUCACUGCGUGUGACUCCAUACUGGAGCGAAUGGAGGGUAUGCUGAGUGGCUUUCAGAGCGACCUUUCCUCCAUCAGCAGUGAGAUCCAGACCCUGCAGCAUCAGUCAGUCAGUAUGAACGUCCGAUUGAAGAACAGGCAGGCCGUACGCAGCCACCUCAGCCAGCUGGUGGACGAGCUAGUGGUGCCCGGAGUCAUGAUCUCCACCAUCCUGGAAAGUCCAGUGACGGAGCAGGAAUUUCUUGAGCAGCUCCAUGAGCUCAACACAAAGAUCAACUUUGCCAAAGAGCUGAGCUUCAGAGAAACUUUGGCCUGCUCUGACAUCCAGGACAUUGUUGAUCGCCUCAAACUCAAGGCGGUCUCAAAGAUCAGAGAGUUUAUUCUUCAGAAGAUCUACUCCUUCAGGAAACCAAUGACAAACUAUCAGAUCCCACAAAAUACUCUGCUGAAAUACAGAUUUUUUUAUCAGUUUCUUUUGGCUAAUGAAAGAACCGUUGCCAAGGAGAUCAGGGACGAGUAUGUGGACACUAUGAGCAAGAUUUACUACAGUUACUUCAAGUCCUACAGUGGCCGGCUCCUCAAAGUGCAGUAUGAGGAGGUAGCAGACAAAGAUGACCUGAUGGGAGUGGAAGAUACAGCUAAGAAAGGUUUUUUCUCCAAACCGUCUUUAAAGAGCAGGAACACCAUUUUCACUUUGGGCCAGAGGGGGGCUAUAUUGAGUCCAGCAGAGCUGGAGGGUCCCAUCCUGGUUCCACAUACAGCUCAGAGAGGGGACAGCAGGUAUCCGUAUGAGACGUUGUUCCGCAGCCAGCACUAUGCCCUGCUGGACAACAGCUGCAGAGAAUACCUCUUCUUGUGUGACUUUUUUAUGGUGACUGGAAACUCAGCCCUCGACCUUUUCAACUGCAUCAUGGGGAAAACUCUCAGCAUGUUCAUGAAAAGCAUGUCCACCUACGUGUCAGACUGCUACGACAGCAUCGCUAUCUUUCUCUGCAUCCAUAUCAUCCUCAGAUUCAGAGCCAUCACAGCGAAGAGGACCAUCCCUGCUCUUGACAAGUACUGGGACGCCGUGUUGGAGCUGCUGUGGCCGAGGUUUGAACUCAUUCUGGAGAUGAAUAUCCAGAGCAUCAGAAACACGGACCCUCAGAAACUGGGAGUGCUGGACACCAGACCACACUACAUCACUCGGCGAUAUGCAGAAUUUUCCUCCGCCAUUGUGAGCAUCAAUCAAACAUUUCCUAAUGAGAGGACCAACACUCUACUGGGCCAGCUGCAGGUUGAGGUUGAAAACUUUGUGCUGAAGAUGGCGGCAGAAUUUCCCUCCAGGAGAGAUCAGCUGAUCUUCCUCAUCAACAACUACGACAUGCUGCUCAGUGUCCUGAUGGAGAGGGCAGCAGAUGACAGUAAAGAGGUGGAAAGUUUUCAACAGUUGCUCCUUGCUAGAACGCAGGAGUUUAUCGAGGAGAUUCUGUCUCCUCCCUUUGGGGGGAUGAUUGCCUUCGUGAAGGAGGCUGAGGCACUGAUGGAGAAAGGGCAGCUAGAUCGACUGAAGAAUGAGGAAGCUCGGAUCACUCAGCUGGUCCGAGGGUUUUCAAGCACCUGGAAGCAGUCAGUGGAGUCAAUGAGUCAAGAUGUCAUGAGGUCCUUCACUAACUUUAAAAAUGGAACCAGCAUCAUACAGGGCGCUCUGACUCAACUCAUCCAAUACUACCACGGCUUUCAUAAGGUUCUGAACCAGCCGACGUUCCGCAGCCUGGCCGUCCGCUCAGAGCUCAUCAACCUCCACCAUCUCAUGGUCGAGGUGAAGAAGCACAAACCCAAUUUUUAACGAGUGGGAGGGUCGCUAAAACGCUGAGCUGCAACCUGGAAAGGAUGACCCGUCUAAGCUCAUUUCGUCAUUCCUUUUUCAGCCUCAUUGAAGUCUGAAUGUCCUCAGUCUUUCUUUUUUUCCACAUGUGACACAAGUUGCAACACAGAUUACAGAGGAGGAGGUUUCAUAUCAACGUCUGACUGUUCAUCAUUGAACUUUUGCAUAUAUUCCUCUGAAGAAACUGCAAAACACACAUUUUGUGCCUGUGAACUUGGAAAAUUAAGAACUUUCAUUUAAACAUAACCAAAAUGUCCCCCGAUUGAGUGUGCAACUUUAGUGUAAACGUUGCUGAUAUUAACGUAAACUACCAAUAUUUCGAUCAUUCAGCCAGUUGCUAAAUCUGUGCAUUUAAAUUAUCAUCCAAAUUUAGAUUACAGAGGAAUUAAAUUAAAUGUUACUAUAUUUUUCCCACUAUUUAUUUAAACAGUUGAACAAAAUAUUUGGGUGCAAUUAUGAAACACUGGAAGGACUUUACUGUGACAGCAAAUGGACAUUUGUGUGGCUGAAAGUAUGGAUUCAGUUAUUUUGUGGACGUAUAUGAAGGAAAGUAUGAUUUUCUCUGGAAAAAGCCCACAAUCUUGCUCUCCUAACAUGGAAGAAACACUUGCAUUUGUUUGUGAUUUAUAACACUGCACUAGGUCGAGAAAAGCCCCUUCAAAGUACUUUGAAAGGGCGUUGACCCUUAAGGUAGCUGUAUUUUUGUCAUGUCAGCAAAUCCUACUGUUAUAGGAUUGAAUUUAAAAGUCAAGGAGCAUCUCUUAUCUUUGUUUAGAACAAUCAAUCUUUGGAUUUCAUCUCCUAAAAGCAUUAAUCUUUGGAAAAACCCAACUGCUUUUAUCAACACGUCUAUUAGUCCCAGCCUGCUCUCAUUCCAUACUUGUCAACAACAUAUUUAAUAUCUUGAUAAAUUAUAGACAGAAACGGAUCAAUUCUCAUGUGAUUUAACCAAGUAAUAUUUUCUGAAGAUUUGAGAUUCCAACCUAUUUUAAUUAACAUGAUUCUGAUCCCUCCUUAACCAUUUACUAAACCUGAUUUGUUCACAAAGAGACAGGCAAUGUAUUGGAUGUAUUGUAUUCAUUGUGAAGGAAGUCCUGGAUAAAAAGAUUAUUCAAGUUGCAGCAUGUCUUCGUUUCUUUGCCCUUUGUGUUGCAUCUGUUCCUGUGAAUGUGUGUAUUAAGCCAUUCCCAUGUAACCAACAUUCUGAAUGAGUUAAAAAUGAAUAAAGAGCAAAACAAGUUUU